AUUUAGAUACGCGGUACUCCUCCUUUUUUAUUAUUAUUAUUUUUUUAAUGAUGAAAGUGAAAUCUUCCAUGUAAGAUUUGAAACCAAGCACUGAUUAAUGGUGCUGGGACACAUGACCAGCAGGCUGUGCCUUCGUACUAUUUGAUAUAUAUGUAUAUAUUGAUAUAUAUCUUUCUGGGUAUAGCUUAAUUUGUGUAUCAUACUUACAGGACAAUGACAAUUAUUAUUAAAGUUACAAGCUUUUUCUUUGUUCUUGAUCUUCUUUCUCUUCUUCUUCCUCUCGAUGAUGUUCUCUGGAUUAAAAAGGUAACUGCUGGGAACAUUAGCAACGGCAACACCAAUGAAGAUUACACUCAAUUCCUCCUCGCCAAUGGCGUGGCUCGUACUCCUCCGAUGGGAUGGAACAGCUGGAAUCACUUUCAGUGCAAUAUAAACGAGGAGACUGUGAAGAGUACAGCAGAUGCACUGGUUUCAACUGGUUUGGCAGCACUUGGAUACAAAUAUGUAAAUAUUGAUGAUUGCUGGGGAGAAGACAGCAGAGACUGGAGGGGUAACCUAAGGCCAAAAGCUUCCACAUUUCCUUCUGGAAUUAAGGGCCUCGCAGAUUAUGUUCAUGCCAGAGGCCUAAAACUUGGGAUUUACUCCGAUGCCGGUUAUAGAACCUGCAGCAACACAAUGCCUGGCUCUCUUGGGCAUGAAGAUCAAGAUGCAGCCACCUUUGCUGAAUGGGGGGUUGAUUACUUGAAAUAUGACAACUGCUAUAAUGGUGGCUCUAAACCUCAAGAAAGGUACAUUAAGAUGAGUUAUGCUUUGCGUAAAGUUGGCCGACCAAUCCUUUAUUCUCUUUGUGAAUGGGGACAAGAAGAUCCUGCAAGAUGGGCUGGUCAGUAUGGAAAUUCCUGGAGAACUACAGGAGACAUCAAUGACACUUGGGCCAGUAUCACCUCAAUUGCAGAUCAAAAUAACAACUGGGGAAGAUAUGCAGGACCCGGAAGAUGGAAUGAUCCUGAUAUGCUGGAAGUGGGAAAUGGAGGAAUGAGCUUGGAUGAAUAUCGUUCUCAUUUUAGCAUCUGGGCUCUAAUGAAAGCUCCUUUACUGAUUGGGUGUGAUCUACGAUCAGUGAGCAGAGAAACGCUUAGUAUCAUUGGAAACAAGGAGGUGAUAGAAGUUAAUCAAGAUCCACAAGGAAUUCAAGGAAGAAAAAUAAGAUCAAAAGGCGACUUGGAGGUUUGGGCAGGACCAUUGUCGAGGGGAAGAUUAGUAGUCGUAAUGUGGAACAGAAGCAAUGCCAGGGCUGCAAUAUCAGUAGCAUGGAGAGAAGUUGGAAUCCCUCCAUUAAAACCAGUUAUUGUCAGAGACCUUUGGGCGCAUUCAUUUGUUUAUAUGAGUAAGCAGUAUCGGAUGACAGCCUAUGUUGCUCCUCAUGGAUGCAAGAUGUAUAUCUUAAUCCCGGCCUAGACGAUAUGUUAUAGAAACAGCUUUCUUGUUUCUGAAGCUGCUUUUCGAGUUAAGGUAAAUGAAAGAUGGAAGAUUAUUUGUAAUAUUUCGAAUAUCAACAGUAUAAUUUUGGCUCUUGAAUGCCCUGUUUGCUUAAGAAAAAAGAGGAGAUAUAAUUGAUAUUGCACCUUUAUCUUCAUUAGUGAAGUAGAAAGAAACCUGCAUGUUUCUGCAGAUGAUGAAAACUGCUUUAUAAGUGUGAUUGUAUGAUA